CAUCAAUCCUUUCUUUACAAUUAUAUCUUCAAUUUCGUUUUUCAUAAUCAAUUCAAAACCUUCUUCAUUUGAACUGGGUUUUUAUUUCUUUCUUGAGGGUUUUUUGUGGAAUCCUUUCCUAAAUCACUAUCCUCAAUUCGAAUCAUGAAUCUCAAGACUUUGUUGAUCUACAAAAUUUCUUUCUAAAUCACUGUUUUCAACUACGCCAAAUACAUACUUGAAGACCCUGUUGAUUUUAUCUGGGUUUUUUAUUUUGGUUUUCCAUUGUUCUUGGUUUAACGAUCCAUUGGUUUCAUUCCGUCUUGAUUUCCUUUCUUGAAUUUGGUUAUGGAGGAUCGGAGCUACACCAACCAGCGGAUUCACGGCAUGUCAGAUGUCGUUUUCGAGUGUGUGUUAUCGUACAUAAACGACUCACGUGACCGUCAAUCUAUAUCGUUGGUCUGCCGCCGGUUAUACGAGCUCGAAGCUCAGACACGUAAGCACGUGACUAUAGCUCUGUGUUACACAGCCACCCCUAAACAGCUGUGGCGGAGGUUCCCGUUUCUUGAAUCUUUGAAGCUGAAAGGAAAGCCACGCGCCGCCAUGUAUAACUUAAUACCAGAGGACUGGGGUGGGUUUGCGACGCCAUGGGUGGAGGAGCUUGCCAAAUCUUUCACUUGCUUAAAAGCUGUGCACUUCAGAAGGAUGAUUGUAAAGGAUGAAGAUCUUGAGCUACUGGCACGUGAGCGUGGCCAUGUUCUUCAGGUUCUUAAGCUUGAUAAAUGCUCUGGAUUUUCUACUGAUGGCCUUCUCCAUAUUUGUCGCUCCUGCAGGAACCUUAAAACCUUGUUUUUAGAAGAGAGCCAAGUGAUGGAAAAGGAUGGAAACUGGCUACAUGAGCUUGCUAUGAACAAUACUCUACUUGAAACAUUGAACUUUUACAUGACGGAUCUUACUCAAACUAGGUUUGAAGAUCUUGAGCUAAUAGCCAGAGGAUGCAAGUCUUUAUUAUCGGUCAAGAUAGGCGAUUGUGAAAUCUUGGAUCUUGUUGGUUUUUUCCAGUCUGCUGUUUCGCUUGAAGAAUUUGGUGGUGGUUGCUUCAAUGAUCAAGCUGAACGCUAUGCCUCUGUGGCAUACCCUCCUAGAUUAUGCCGUUUAGGGAUGAAUUAUAUGAGUACGAAUGAAAUGCCCAUUGUUUUCCCCUUUGCUUCGCGGCUAAAAAAGUUGGAUCUUUUAUAUGCCCUUCUUGACACAGAAGACCAUUGUCUUUUGCUCCGAAGGUGUCCCAAUUUGGAAGUUCUUGAGACAAGAAAUGUGAUUGGAGAUCGUGGAAUGGAAGUUCUAUCUCGCUAUUGCAAGAAGAUAAAGCGGCUUAGAAUCGAGCGAGGAGCUGAUGAACAAGAAAUGGAAGAUGAGGAAGGUAUAGUUUCUCAAAGGGGAUUAACCGCUUUAUCACAAGGUUGUCUCGAGUUGGAAUAUAUUGCUGUUUACGUAUCUGAUAUCACAAACGCAGCUCUAGAAUCGAUGGGAAUGAACUUGACUAAUUUGUGUGACUUCCGAAUGGUGUUGCUGGAUCGAGAAGAAGUGAUCACAGACUUGCCACUCGAUAAUGGAAUCCGGUCUUUACUAAGUGGCUGCCAAAAGCUUAGAAGAUUUGCACUCUAUCUCCGACCAGGAGGGCUAACCGAUGUGGGUUUGGCUUAUAUCGGUCAAUACAGCCAGAAUAUAAGAUGGAUGCUUCUGGGGUACGUCGGAGAAUCUGAUACAGGGCUUCUAGGGUUUUCUAGAGGGUGCCCUAGCCUACAAAAACUAGAAGUUAGAGGAUGUUGUUUCAGUGAACAUGCACUUGCGAUCGCUGUUCUUCAGCUGAGAUCGCUAAGAUACUUAUGGGUACAAGGGUAUAGGGGAUCACCGACUGGAUGUGAUCUGUUAGCAAUGGCGCGACCAUUUUGGAAUAUUGAAAUAAUUCCUCCAAGAAAGGUUAAUGCUGGAGAAGAAAGAGAGAUGGAACAUCCUGCACACAUUCUUGCAUAUUACUCUCUUGCUGGACCAAGAACCGACUUUCCGCCAUCUGUUAUCCCGAUUGACUCCAUUGCCACCUGAAUAACGUAUGUAUAUAACAUCUUUUUUCUUGAAAACACGCCAAUAGAGCAUUUGGCUGAGAUAGAUUCUACUUUUUUUGUAUUAUGCAGUUUCCUGUAUUGUUUACUGUUCAUAACGUUUGUCUUGGUUUUUUUGUUAGACGGGAAUGUAAUAAUUUUGCUGUUUUAGAACGGUAUUGUGUGGUUGAUGAGCUAUUGUGGCAUUAUA